AUGACUAACAGUGUCAAGGCUCUUCGUGUUUUGGAGUGGACAGUCAUUGGAAAGGUUACAGAAUAUGGAAAAAACGUGACUUUAUUUUGCCAUGUUCCAAACUGCUGUCCCAAAGAUGCUGGAUGGGAUAAGUGGACUCCUGUACAACAGACCCUGUUUAUAGAUAUCAAAACAGGACGACCUAAUAAAAAGUAUGAUGGAAAGGUUAUGAAGGAUGGUUACACCUUAAUUAUACAAAAUCUGACUAAACAGGAUCUCAAUGCUUCGUAUUCGUGCUUGUAUGGCGUAACAUUAGGUGAAAGAAAAUUUUUACUGGAAGAGGAUGUUUUCUCAGAAAAAGAAACCAAUUCAGAGUUGAAAAAGAAACUAAUUCAAAUGGAAACUAGGAUAGAAGAGCUCAUUCCAAGGAAAAUCAGAGAUCAGAUACGGGGACAAAUACAAGAGUGGAAAAAGGAAGAUCAGAUGUUCGUGGCUACAAGAGCCAGUGAAUACGUCAUAGACUGUUUACAGGAUAACAGUUGUGUAACUUUAACCGGCCCAUUAGGAGUUGGAAAAUCAUUUAUUGCAAGACACACAGCCCUAGUUCUACAGAAGGAAGGAUACAAAAUAGUACCCGUGAGACAACCGGUUGAUAUCAGAGAUUAUUAUCAACCUGGUGAACAGACAGUCUUCAUUGUAGAUGACAUUUGUGGAAAUUUCACUGCCAACCAACAACAGAUUGAUAACUGGAAACAACUGUUACCUGUAGUUGACACAAUUAUUACAGACACAUGUUGUAAGAUUAUUGUAUGUUGUAAGUUACAAGUUUAUAAAGAUGAUAAGUUUAAGAUAUUAACACCUUUUAAAUCUUGUGAAUGUAACUUGAUAUCAUACGAAUUAUGUCUUACAUCUGAUGAGAAAACAAAUAUAGCAAAAACCUAUAUUGGUACAAAUGUCAAAGAAAUUAAUGAUUUGUCGCAAAAUAGUGAUUUUUUUCCACUUUUAUGCUCCUUAUAUCUUAAAUCACAAAAUGAAGAUAUAAAAGAAUUUUUCAAAAAUGCUUUUUAUGUCUAUAAAGGUGAGCUAGACAAGUUACACGAGCAUGACGAUGAAGGGAACUAUAAAAUAUGUAGUCUUGCUUUAUGUGUUCUCUUUAAUAAUGAUUUGAAAGAAAAAUGGUUUCAGGAUGAAUUGACAGAUGAACAACGACGGAUCAUAAGAGACACAUGUGAGGCUUGUGAGUUCAACAGCAUACCAAAGGCAAAACUAAAGAAAGCACUUGACACUCUUGAUGGUACAUUCAUCUGUAAACAGAAUGGUAUUUAUAGAACUAAAAAUGAGAAUCUAUUUGACUUCUUAGCUCAUUACUUUGGUCAGAAAAUGAUUAAAUGUUUGAUAGAUCAUGGUGAUAGUGGUUUAGUGCAUGAACGUUUUAUUUGGCAAAAAUCACCUGAUGACACGACAAGAUAUGAUAUAGAUUUUAUUAUUGAAAUACCAGAUGAUUAUUUACAAUUAUAUUUACAAAGAUUUAUCAAGGAUUGGCAAGCAGUAAAGGUGGCAGUUGUGUUCAGUAACAAUAAUAUGAAAGUAUCAUCAUUCAGACAACAGUUAAUACAGUACUUACAACAACUAGAUAAAUUAUACCAGGUAACACUAGCCAAAACCAGGGAUACAGUGAUGCCAAUGGGGGAGUGUGGAUCAGGAACUACUCCACUGAUAUGUUCUUGUCAUGAUGGUUAUAUUGAUAUGGUAAUGUGGAUAUUACAUAAUGAUGUGGAUGUUGAUCAAUGUAGAAAUGAUGGGACUACUGGACUGAUCAUGGCAAGUUCACAUGGACAUACUGAAAUUGUAAACUUACUAUUAGAGAAGAAACCUAAUGUUGAUCUACGGGACCAGGCUGGAUGUAGUCCUCUUUACAUGGCAAGUAAAGACGGACAUACUGAUAUAGUAAAGUUACUGUUAGAGAAGAACUCUAACGUUGAUCUUUGCGACAGGGAUGGAUGUAGUCCUCUUUACAUGGCAAGUAAAGACGGACAUACUGAUAUAGUAAAGUUACUGUUAGAGAGGAACUCUAUCGUUGAUCUUUGCGACAGGGAUGGGUGUAGUCCUCUUUACAUGGCAAGUAAAGAAGGACAUACUGAUAUAGUAAAAUUACUGUUAGAGAGAAAUCCCGACGUUGAUCAAUGUGAUAAUAAUGAAUGCAGCCCUUUGGACAUGGCGAGUCAGAACGGCCAUGCAGAUAUAGUAAGGUUGUUGUCACGAAAGAGUAAUUAA